UUUUAUCGGUUUCACGUGGUUUCUAAGAUAAGAGCGUAAAAUUUGGAUUAAGAUUAGAUAAGAUAUGAACUUGGUUUCAUGAUAAUAACAUUGAGACUUUGUUUCCAUCGCAUUCAUUCUUGAGAAUGUGAGUCACGUUUUUGUUGCGAGGGUGAACAAGAGGAAAGAGGAUAAAGUGGGACAUCCAACAUCAAACAAUUUAUAGUUCAUUAGUAUAUCCCGGCCAGGUGUUUUAAGUAUCUUACGUAUUAUAUUCCUAUUGGCAGAGAGUAUUUGUUUUCAUUGAAAAGCAUGAGAAAAAACCCCCCAGAUGAAGUGCUUUAAAGCGGCGUUUGUUUAAAAAAAUGUUUUUGAAGGAUUUAAGUGAUCGCAGAAGAUGCUUUUUUGAGCAAGUUCGACAAGAAAUUCCGAUAAAAUUUAAGUUAGAUUCUGGGAAGUAGCAACAGCUACACCUACAGCUCUCAAGAGUUUCAUCGAGACAAACGAACAACAACAAAGAGGAACAUUGAGGCCCAAGAUGCCUAAAAUCAUUCCAAAUUCCUUUGGAAGGUACUUGCUCAAAGGGUUGCUGAUGACAUUCAAUAUUGGCAGUGCAGUACCAACGACCAUGACACUAAAUAAAAUGACACCAGCGGCAAUGAAAGACAUUUUGUUAGCUUUUGACGUUUUCCCUACGCAGCUGGAUAAUGUCCCAAAUUAUCCAAUCACUGUCGAGUAUCGUGCGGGAUCAGUCAAUUUUGGAACAAAUUUCACAGAAACGCAAGUUUACGAGAUACCAACUCAGUUAUCGUGCCCGGUUGAGGAGAAUAUGAGGAAGGAAAAGAAGCUCUUCACCAUGUUAUUGUACGGUCCUGAUGUGCCGACUCGUGAGAACCCCUUGAAGAAGUAUCAUUGGAUACAUUGGAUCAUCAUCAACAUACCUGGUAACAGCUGGCGAAAGGGUCAAGUUGUCACAGAAUACAGAGCAUGGCAACCAUUUUACACCAACGAUGUUCACAGGUGUAUUUAUCUCGUUUACCCGCAGAAAGCUGAGGAACCGAUAGUUUAUAAUGAAACCAGAGUUACUACCACAUCGUCUGAUGAGCUUAGAGGGUUCUUUAACAAAGGUGUGUUUGCAAGGAAAUAUAACUUAGAGAUGCCUUAUGCCAUCAACUUCUUCCAAUUGCACCUGAAUGGGUCAGAAGAGGAGGGAAAUAUUUGGAACUAAAAUUGGAAUCUCCACUCACUCGAGAAAAUGAAUCUCUCUGAUUAAGAGGAAACUGCUGUUGUGGGGUGUGGAAUUAACUAGGAAUACCAAAGUGCCAUUAUACCAAAUAUACCAGAGAGUCCCCUCCCCCCCCCUCAACGACCAUGGUGACCUUAUUCAUGAAGUUAAGAUGUGGUAAAGUUCUGAAAUUGCUCAUUUUUGAAAUGAAGAACCACAUAUUCUAGCAAACUUAAUAGCGGUUCUUCAUCAGUAAAAAUUCAGUUUUGGAAAAAUGCACUACUACGGCCACUGUAACUACUUGAGCUUGAAUAAUACGUUUACACCCCACGGUUGCUUCCCAGGUAGAAGAAAUCAAAACAUGUGAGAGUUUUAUGAUAAGAUGGUUAAUCCGAAUGUAAUCUUGUAGAGAGUGGCACGACUAGGGUAGUAGAUCUGAGUAAGUAUGGUUUUAGAAACUAACCAUAGAGAAAUUUUUUGGGGUGAAAUUUGGCGUAUCAACCGUAAAACAUCUCAGAAUCGAUUUUCUUGUGAAAGAUUUAUUUUUACCUACUCCCACUCGAGGCCUCAAAACGUCGCUUCUCUGACGUAAGGACUACCUGGAUUUCCACGUGAGCCAUAAUUCGCAUAUAAAUCCAUGCUUUCUGGAGCUCAUCUAAAAAUCAAGAUACGCCCUCAAGACAGAAGAGCGACGAAAAGACUUGCAAGCAACUCCGAGUCGGAGAUGGCCUGAUUCAGGGUUUCAGAUUAUAAGACGCUCGAUUCCCAAAGACCUCAAAUUCGUUGUUGCUGAGGAGAGGUUGCCAAGAAAUUAUGCCAAAUUCUCAUCCUCUUGAAGUUAAGAUCGACAUGCGUGGGGCACUAAACACCUAAAUAUUUUAAAGGCACAUGCAUAUGUUAAACCCCGGCUACAUCAGCGAACGCGGUACGGAACGAUUUUUUGUCCGCGCACCUGUUGUGUCCAGUAGUUUAUGUCCACGCAUAAAAUAGGCAACAGUGACUAGUCUAUAUGUACAAUUACGUUGACAAUAAUAUCAAAACGAGAAAAUUGAGAGAGGAGGACGAUUUGUUGUGACCAUGACAAAUUACUCUCAUUUUUUUAAAAUAAAAUGUUACUUUCUUCUUUUGA